AUGUUCAGUCUUACAUCUCCAACUAGGGUUUUACCAAUGGAUUCGCUCCCAAAAUUACGCCACUCUAAUUCCACUCUCAACAUUUCUCCAUUUCCCACGCCCUUAUCAUCUUCUCUCUCUUUCCGCUCUCGACCACCACAGCACUUUCCUUCGUCAUCGUCGUUUAGGUUACCUUCCAUCAGAGCCUGCUCUUCACGCUCCUCAAACCACCCCUCAAAAAACGCUUCCUCUCUAACCCCGCUUCUCCAAACCCUAAACUCCUUCCUCGCCCCCCUGGCCCAAACCACUUGCAUCGUCGUCGCCGCCGCUGCCUUCUUCUUCAUGCGCUUCCACCACACGCCUGCUUUCGCCGCCACGCUCUCCCCGCCCACCGCCGACACUGAGCCCACCCUCACCGAGGAGGAAGCCAAGAGAGUUCUGGAGGAGCGGCUAAGCGCCAACCCCGCUGAUUCCGACGCGCUUCGCGCGCUCAUGGAAUGUAAGAUCAAAGCGCGCAAGAUUGACGAAGCGUUCGACGUUCUGGACCGUCUGAUCGAGCUACAACCGGAGGAGUACGAGUGGCCGCUGCUAAAGGCUAACAUGCUCAUCUACAAUGACGACCACGCCGCUGCGCGUGAACUGUUCGAAGAAAUCUUGAAGAAGGACCCGCUCCGCGUGGAGGCGUUCCACGGCAUCGUCAUGGCGACUGCGCAAUUGAACGAGCCGUUGAGAGCGUUGUUGAAGAGAGUGGAGGAGGCGACUGAGGCGUGUAAGAAGCAGAAUAGGGAUUCGGAUGUGAGAGACUUCAAGCUCUUGAUUGCGCAGAUUAAAGUGAUGGAAGGGGAUUUUCCUGAGGCACUUAAGGCUUAUCAGGAUUUGGUGAAGGAAGAGCCCAGGGACUUCAGGCCUUAUUUGUGUCAAGGUAUUAUAUAUACCCUCUUAAAGAAGAAAGACGAAGCUGAUAAGCAAUUUGAUAAGUUUCGCAGGCUUGUUCCUAAGGACCAUCCUUACAAGGAGUAUUUCGAGGACAACAUGUUCGCGACCAAGUUCUUCUCGCAGAAAUUGGAAAGGGAGGGAGCAGGUGCUAGGGGCUGA